UAUCUUUUUUACAUGUUAUCAAUGUCGUCAACAAACCAUUCUGCAUUACUUCACAUUUCAUUACCUACUCUUUCCUCUAUAACAGAUUAUCAUAAAGAAUUGAUCAAUUCAUCAGUUGUUCAAGCUACAAAUUUAUUAACAAUAUUAGUAUCUUGUCCUGAAUUAGAUUAUUACAUAAAUGAUCCCUUAGCUGGUUGGACUCAAGUUCAAAACUUAUUAAGUACAUUAUACGUUUCAGGAACAAAAACGGCUUUUGAAACUGACAAACCAUUUUUUAAUAUUGACGUUAUAUUUGAGAAUUGGUGUGGAUAUCAAGUUGAAUUGUCAAAUGAUAGGCAAUUUGAUGUUUUAUUUGGAACUAUAAAUGAAAAGGAGCGUUUACAACUAUUCAAUGAAACUCGUAAAAAAUUUUCAUUAUCGGAAUUACCAAUAUAUAUUCUCGAGUUAAAAAUGCAACCACCUUCAAUUGAACCGAUCGCUUCUAACGAGAUUUCUUUGCCGCUUAGCAAUCCAAAAACAUUUGAUCAUGUUGCUGUUGGCGGAACAUUCGAUCAUUUACAUGCCGGACAUAAAAUCCUUUUAACAAUGACAGCUUGGAUAACUGGAAAAAGGUUAAUUUGUGGUGUUACUGAUGAUAUUAUGCUCAGAAAUAAAAAAUUUAAGGAACAAUUAGAGUCAAUUGAUACGCGUAUUACAGGAGUUCGACAAUUCUUAGAAACAAUUCGUCGAGGUUUGAAUUAUGAGGUGGUUCCGAUUUAUGAUGCAUAUGGUCCAACUAUAAUAGAUGCUGAAAUUCAAGCCAUAGUUGUUUCCCAAGAAACGAAUAGCGGUGCUAAUUCUAUUAACGAUGAACGUGUAAAAAAAGGAUUUCAACCUCUCCAUAUAUCGAUAAUUGAAGUUAUUUCUUCUUCAAAUCCAUCUCUUUCUAAAGAUGAUCUAAAAAAUCUCAAGCUUAGUUCAACAUAUUUACGUGGAUUACUAUGCAAAAAAGAUUAAUUAUUUAUUCCUGCUUUAAUCUAGAAAAUAUUUAAUCUAGAAAAUUAAAUUUGGAUUACAGGAUUG